CUAAUAUCCCGUAUUUCGACAUUCAUUUCACAAUGUUAUCAAUGGACAUUUGUUGAUACAUGCAACCUUUGUUGAUAGAUGCCAUCAUUAAGAUAAUCUAAACCAUGCAAAGAGGGUUUCAAAUCAGUUUGUCUAUAGCAGUGGUUGUGUUUCUAAGCGACCUUGCUUUAGGACAGCAGCCAUACACAAUCGGUUCAAGACUUGGGGACUUGACAGGCACUGUGAAAACGGUCAAUAAUGGUACAACCAAGGUAUUCAGCUUCCUUAAUAUCCCCUACGCCAAGGCCCCAGUUGGUGCUCUAAGGUUUGCUAAACCAGAGCCAUAUGGACGAUGGGAUGGGGUACUGGAUGCCACAAAAUUAGGAAACGCCUGUAUUCAGGCGCCGGAUCCUUUCAAUAAAAGGACCUUUAAGAGUCUCUCCGAAGACUGUCUUCAGUUAAACAUCUAUGUACCUAAUAACUUUACGUCAGAAAAGAGAAGCGUUAUGGUCUGGAUUCACGGUGGGACGUAUAAUUACGGAUCGGGCACGCUUUACAAUGGCACGAUGCUGGCAGCUCAGGGUGACGUUGUGGUGGUCACCAUCAACUACCGUCUCGGUAUCUUUGGCUUCCUAUCCUACAAUGAAACCAUCGCCAGGGGUAAUUACGGAUUAUGGGACCAAAUGCUGGCCUUAAAAUGGGUGCAGGAUAAUAUUGAAGAUUAUUCGGGUGAUCCCUCGUCCAUCACAAUUUUCGGAGAAUCUGCAGGUGGAUUUAGUGUGUCGCUUUUAUCGUUGAUUCCUAGGAACAAGGGACUUUUCCACAGAGUAAUAGCCGAGAGUGGAGUGUCUGAUACUUUCCUAUCGUUAUCUCAGCAUGCCAAACUCACGGCUACUGCCCUGGGAGAUGCUCUGGGAUGUGUGUACGACCCAAUAACGAGAAAUUUUAAAACAGUUCUCUACUGCCUGAGAUCCAAAUCAGUUGAUGAAAUUUUCAAAGUUUUAAAUAUCUUUGAAACUUAUUUUUUGAUAUCUUCCUUGACGAUUGAAAUACCCUUUGCACCAGUAAUUGACGGAGAAUUAUUCAAUGACUUCCCAUCUAAACUUCUAUCUAAUCCUUCAUCGGAUGAACUCGCUUUCUUUAAAUCAUUAGACAUGAUCAUUGGUAAUUGUAAUAUGGAGGGGUCGUUAUAUUUAGCAAUGACCCCCGAAGAACAGGACAGAUAUGGCUUUAAUAUAAGCACCGGGAUCCCUCAGGAAUUCUUUUGUGAUAACUUCAUUCCUGCCAUUGUGCGAACUUAUUUUGACUCUAAUGCCAAAGUUUCCAAAGCUAUUUGCGAAGAAUAUAAAGUAAAUAAUGAUCCUGAUGAACAAAGCAGACAAGUUCUCCAAAUGUAUACAGACUUAUUCUUUAUUUCUCCGACAUUUUCAUCUUUAUUUGCUCACUCCAACAGUAAAACUUAUAAAACCACAAACACAUUUCAGUAUUUGUUUAACAACAAGACCCCAUUGCCUUACGGUGCUCCAAGACCUGCAUGGUACAGAGGUUCUGGACACGCAUCAGAGCUACCAUUCCUCUUUGGAAUAGAAGAUCUUCAUUAUCGACACAUAGAUGUUACAGAAGACGAAUUUAAACUGGCUUUAAUAAUGAAAGAUCUUUGGACUAAUUUUGCCAAAACAGGCGACCCGAACGGAUCAGGACUUCCAAAAUGGCCCCAGUUUGAUCCUAGCAUGCAAACCUAUCUACAACUCAACUACGCUAAUCUGACAUCCCUAAAUAAGUACGAGGCAGAGAGAAUGAAAUUUUGGUUAAAUACUAUACCAAACAUCAUGCAUACUAAUUAAAAUUAAUUGUAUAUUUAAAUUAAUAAUUUAUAUUAAAGUGUUCUGAAAACCACCCAAUUUGUAUUUAUUUAUUUAUAUAUCACCAAGAUUUUUGCGUUGUCAUGGGUGAUAACUCUGAA